GGAGCUGUGUGAAUACCUGGUCUACGCUGUGCUAUUUGGCCUUUUUAACUUUUCUAUGAUAGCUUGGUGUGGAUUGCAUAGCCUUCUGUUGGAGCGUCCCCCCUCCUCCCCGUCGUUGGCAGUGGUUCUCCCCAGCACUCUGCAUCUCUCCAGCAGCGGACUCAAGGACCUGUGCGACCACCUCGACGUGGACCGUACAACGCACAGGACAACUUCCCCUCACAAUAUUACGCAUGGCUCUGCCUUUGCGCAAAAGCGCGACUCUAACAGCGACUUGGAAGUAACUGAUGGGAUUGUAAGACAAAAAAGACAGGGACAACUAGAAAAAGACGAUUUGAGGAUUUUUCAAGAGGUGUAGCUCCGACGCAUAACCAGAAAUUCACAUUUGAAACGGAGAUGGAUCUGUGGGGAGUUUAUCUCUUUCAUCUUAUAACUUUGGCUCUGUUAGAGGUUAUACAUGCCAGUAGAGACUGCUUGGUGGCCGGAGACUCGUGCUCGAGUGAUGAGACUUGUAGUCCACGACUUCGUACUUUGCGCCAGUGUGUGGCAGGCAAUGGCAGCAUGAAACUGGGCCCGGGCGCCAGGAGCCAGUGUGCCAGUGCAGUGUCUGCUCUGCUGUCCAGUCCUUUACAUGGCUGCCAAUGUAAACGAGGAAUGAAGAAGGAGAAGAACUGUCUAAGCAUCUACUGGAGUCUGCACCAGUCUAUCAUACAUGGACUCAAGCUGGUGGAGAGUUACCCUUAUGAGACAGUGGAGAGGGAUUACAACUAUGUCCGCCUGGCCUCUAUUUCUGCUGACUCUGAUGUUGGCAUGACAACUGUGAAUCGCUGCCUGGAUGCAGCCAAGGCUUGCAAUGUGGACGACUUGUGCCAGAAGCUCCGCACAGAAUAUGUCUCGGCUUGUAUCAAACCCACUGCCAAGUCAGGCCUGUGCAACCGGCCCAAAUGCAAUAAGGCCCUGCGCAGGUUCUUUGACCGUGUUCCUGCUGAUUAUACACAUGAGCUGCUCUUCUGCCCAUGUACGGACACAGCCUGUGCAGAGCGUCGAAGGCAGACCAUUGUGCCCAGCUGCUCGUAUGAAACGGUGGAUAAACCCAACUGCAUUGCACAGAUGAGGAUCUGCAAAGCUGACUAUGUGUGCAGGUCUCGUCUGGCACAGUUUCAGUAUGACUGUGAACCGUCCAAAACAUCUGCCAGUGGCUGCAAGCAAGAGAACUAUGGAGCCUGCCUCCUUGCCUACACAGGGCUUAUAGGAAGUACAAUAACUCCCAACUAUGUUGACAACUCCACGUCCAGCGUAGCCCCAUGGUGCUCAUGCUCAGCCAGUGGGAGCCAGAGAGAAGAGUGUGAGAAUUUCCUGGGAUAUUUCACAGACAACAUCUGUCUCAGUAAUGCGUUCAUGAUGUUUGGAAGGGAAUCAGACCAACAGCCGACUCACAGCCAGUACAGCACAACCAGCCAAGGCAGAAGAGAAAACAGCAGCACCACCUCUCCACCCGGAACCAUAGAAACUAUGAGGAACAUUCUGGAUACAAUAAUACCAACGCAGGUCUUGGGAAAUGAAUUACUGGUGGGCCACUCCACCAUGUCAUCUAACAGUCUCCUAAACGCUGCCUCACCUCACAGUCUAAUGCUUCAAGCUGCCUUCAGCCUUCUGUUGCUACUCCUUCAAAUCCUUAUCAAUGAACGCUAAAGGGGGGCAUGCCAAGGAUUCUCCUAGUACCAAGCAAAUGGGAGCACCUGUGCAGUUCAGAGGAAGUGGACCAUGUGGCGUUAUUCCUCCCUCUAAAUUUGUACAGCGAUUCUGUUCUUCUAUUUUUCUGUCUAAAUAGUCCGGUUCCACCUGUCAGAGUUCUCAUUCUGAGUGUGGGAGCCUUUGACAGACAGAUGCCUGUCUGUGCAUUUGUAUAUUAUUGCGAUCAAGCUGAGAUGAAGUCAAGGUGCUGCUUCUGUGGACUAGCUAAGUUUUCAGCUCUCUGUGUAUCUCUAUUCAGUUAUAAUAUAACACAUGUGUAUGAUAUUUAGACAUGAAGUAUGUACUGUGAAGAUUUGUAUUACAAACAGAGGCUCUUGUUUAAAUAUGGUUCUGAAAAAUGACUGGAGAAAACUUUGUAUGUGCUCUGUGGAUAAAGUGUUCAGAAAGCUGCUGUCUCAACUGAGUGAAAGAGGACCAUUAUACCUGACCAAUACUGGAACUGUUGAGCAACCAAGAGACAACAGAGCUGCAGUUCACUCAGACAUCCUGGACUAAUGCACUGAUUCCAAAAAUGUCUAGCACAACUAUCAAGAAGAGAUGUGGCGAGAACAUAAGAAAAACCUUGACAUCAUCAUCAUCAUCUUUUCCAUUGAAACUGUCCCUUUCUCAAACUCCCCAGCAACAUUUCACUUUUUAUCGCUAAAACCUCAGAAGCUGUUGAUAGAAAAUAGAAGUCCUUGGUCUUUAUCAGCGAAGGUGACUUCUGGGACUUGAAAGGAAAUAACCAGAGAAGCUGAGACUCUUUACCUGUAGCUGCUGUGCUUUGUGUUUGUGAGUGCAAUGGCCCUUUGUUUCUCAUUGUGUAAGUGACCAUUUCUAUACAGAGCUCUGAAUUUUUGUGCCGGAGAACAAAGGGAAUGGUUUUACUUAUUGAGGUGUCACCUACACCAGUAGGGAGCCUGUUAGAGAUUUGACAGUAAUGAAUGAUUCAGUAUUUCCUGUCUGGGAACAUGCCAACCAGAGUAGCAGCAAAUAAAAGUUCUCCGAUCAUUAUGAAUACAUUUUGCUAUUAUUCAACCUUUUCUAAUUAAAUUAGCAAUGUUUAGUGCUGUUGAAGUUAACACUAUUAG